UCCGGUGCUGAUAUCCUCCCGGAGUGAUCGAUCUCGCGUAACGCGUUACGUACGUGUAGAAUCAUAUACGGCCGUUCCCUUUUGAACGGCGACACGUGAGAUCACCCGUUCUCGGUUCGCUGGCAACGCUAUAAAAGAUGUCGCAGCCGGAACAGGGCGGCAGUACGCAGUGCGAGAAAGACAUGUCUACGUCCAAGAGCAGCUCGAUGUUGCGUCUGAAUCAGGAGAGCUCUGCCGACUGGCAAGACCACGGCGACACUGACUCAGAGGUCAGUGAGAACGACUUCCUCACUAAGGGUGCUUUCCUGCUCACCCCUAGCCACGAACUGAGUAUGGAGAAGGCCGCCACCAUCUGCGAGAAGAUGAACUUCCGAGGUGCAUUUUCUUUGACGAAGACUGCCACAGGCAUUCUCUUCAAGUUCAGCAACAUCGAAGACUUUCAGGCGGUGUAUAAAAAAGGCUUCCACAAAGUAACGGGCGCUCGUUUCUAUAAAAAGGUUGCUAUACCAUGUAGACCGGCGAAAAUCUUCACGGUCUACGUUCUAGAUGUGCCUGAAGAGCUGCCGGAGGACGAUAUUAGACACGCUCUCUACAAAUAUCGAUCUAUCGUCGAAGUAACCAGGCUACCCCUGAAUACGGGAACUGUUUUGAAGGCCAUCAAUGACAAGCUAAAGAGCGACGCGCAGAAUCUGAACGAGCCGGCGACGAUUUAUACGGGGCCACCCGUUAUAAGGGUUACCCUGGCCAGUGUGGAGGAGACCUCGAUGCUGCUGAGCCGUGGUUUGGAUUUUUAUGGGGCCACAUAUUUCCCCACCGAAACGCCCCAUCCAGCCGCUCAACCCCUUGCAAAAUACAAAAACAACAGAUGGAUCGAGAUGGCGUCGAUCGGCAUGGGACAAAGAGUGAGGGACCUACUUCCGGUCUUUGACAACGCGGGCUUCAACAAAUUGCCACCUCCGGCGAGCCGUGUAAUAAAACCGCAAAGAAACUGACACGUCCCUCGUCCAGCACCCCGAAUUCUUCGGCCGCCGUCACCGCCACGAUCGAUAACGGCGACGAAUCGAGGGAGGACGCCACCGCGAAGACGACGUUACGACCCGACGACAAUACUAAUGCGGACUACCUCGAUCGAAAUUCGGACACGAGGAUCCGCUUUGACGAUUUCAACGCGAUUCUAACGCUCCAUCGAUCGCGACACAUGAAAGAACGAGGUUUGUCGCCGUACGUAUACGAGAUAACGCAUAAGAGAAGCGAAAUAUAGGAUGAUCCCAUAUUUUUCGAAUUAAAUGGACAAUUAAAGAAAAAUUUGAAAUCUACGGAAGGACUUAACGUAGAGAUACAUGCACUAUUUUUCUUCUUUCAGACAGAAUGACUCGGUUAUUUUAUAAUGUCUGUAAUACAGAGAGUAUAUCUCUCCCUUACAUUGUUAAAUCUAUAGUGUC